AUGGCUGAAAAUCCUAAUUUGGCAGAAGCAGUAGUAGUGGCUAUUCCUGAAGUUAAAAAUGAAGUGAAAUUAGAAUUUGAUGAACCUAAAAUGAAAGAAGCUAAGAGUAAACUACAAAUGAAUCAUCAUAUUGUGCUUCCAUUGGUUAUAUUUUCUUUCUUUUUAUCUCUUCCAAUUCUUUUUGGUAUCAUAUGGCUAUUUUACGUACGACAAUAUGAUUGUGAAGUGUUAAUGAACUUGCCAAAGUUACAAAUAGGUAUUGCCAUUGGUUUGAUCAUUGUCUUCUUCAUCAGCAACGUCGUAGUUUAUUUUAGGUCUCGUUUUCCAGUUCUUGGACUUCUUUUAGCUAUGGUGCCACUUAUCAUUAUGUUCAUCGUUGGUCUUGGCCUCGUCGGAUCGUAUAAAAUGGAGGCUCGAGGUGUUCCUGGUUCUCCAGCAUGGCUAAAGAUGACAGUGCAUGACGACGAGACAUGGAAUAAUAUCAAAUCUUGCAUAUACUCUACAAAGACUUGCAACAAUUUAAUCUCCAGGACAUAUAUGCUGAAAUCUUAUGAUUUCACAAGUAUCAAGUUGUCCUCAAUUGAGUCUGGGUGCUGCAGUCCACCAUCACUUUGCGAGAUGGAAUUCAUAAACGCAACAUUUUGGAGGAAAGUAAAUUCACCAAUUGAUGAUUCUGCAACAUUCGACAAAGACUGUGAUUUGUGGCAAAAUGAAGAAACAGUGUUAUGCUACAAUUGUCAUGCUUGUAAGGAAGGAUACUUAAGAAUAAUAGAGGGGAAAUGGUCAAGACUUGGAACAUUCCUUGUUACCAUGUCUUUGUUACUUAUGAUCUCACAUUUGUUUCUCUUUAUGGCCACCAUGUGGGAAAAAUAUGUAGGGUAA